GGGGCGCCCAGAAUUGCUCAAGAGGCAGAGUUGGACGGAGGCUGAGCGGCCGAAAGGGCAGGCGGUGGAGGCAGUGGGGGUACCAGGAGGAGGAGGAGGAGGCAGCCAGGGCCGGUGGGGGCAGAAGGAGCCCCUGUGGAGGGCCCCUUCCCCGGGGUGCAGGCCAGGUGUCACAAGGGGAGGGGACAUCGGUUAAGAAAGGGCGGCCAACCGGGGAGACCAGCAGGAAAGGAGGUGGGGCGGCGGCCAAGUGGAACGAGGGAGGGUCGGCCCGAGGGGGCCAGAGACGAGGAUGGGGAGAGCAGGCGGGAGGAGCGGAGAGGAGAGUUGAGAAUUGGGGAGCGGAGAUAGAAGCUGGGUGCAGCAGAAGCCCGAGGGCUAAGGACAGGGGUCAUAGCGGUGAAGGAGCACCAAAGGGCGUGAGCAAGGGGCACAGCAGGCGGGGCGCCACAGAGGCCGCGGGGGUGUGGGGAGGCGGCCCAGGAUGCCCGCGCCGCGCGCCCCCGGGGGGCCCCGAGCGCCCGCGGAGCGGAGGCCGCUGCUGGGGCGCAGGCCGCGGGGGCCGCGGCGGUGGCGGCGGGCGGCGGCGGCGGCGGUGCUCCUGGUGGAGAUGCUGGAGCGCGCCGCCUUCUUCGGCGUCGCGGGCAACCUGGUGCUGUACCUCAACAGCCCCGACUUCCAGUGGGCCGGCGAGCAGGCGUCCCGCGCCGCGCUCGCCUUCCUGGGCGCCUCCUACCUGCUGGCGCCCGUGGGCGGCUGGCUGGCCGACGUGUACCUGGGCCGCCGCCGCGCCAUCGCGCUCACGCUGCUGCUCUACCUGGCCGCCUCCGGCCUGCUGACCGCCACCGCCUUCCCCGACGGCCGCCGCUCCUUCUGCGGCGAGGUGCGCCAGGCGCCGCUGGGGCCCUCCUGCCCCGCGCCCGGCUGCCCGCCCAGCUCGCCCACCUCCUACUGCGCGCCCACCCUCUACACCGGGCUGCUGCUGCUCGCCCUGGCCGCCAGCUCCAUUAGGAGCAAUCUCACCUCCUUCGGUGCCGACCAGGUGAUGGAGCUCGGUCGCCAUGCCAGCCGCCGCUUCUUCAACUGGCUUUAUUGGAGUAUCAACGCGGGUGCCGUGCUGUCACUGCUGGUGGUGGCCUUUAUCCAGCAGAACGUCAGCUUCCUGCUGGGCUAUGGCAUCACUGUGGGCUGUGUGGCCUUGGCCUUUUUCAUCUUCCUCUUUGCCACCCCCAUCUUCAUCACCAAGCCCCCCAAUGGCAGCCAAGUGUCCUCUAUGCUCAAACUUGCUCUCCAGAACUACUGUCCCCGGUUGUGGUGCCGACACUUUGCCAGAGAUGCUCAGGAUGCCCAACUGCCUAUCCAGCGUUCUCCCCAGCCCGGCCUGUCCUCCCAGGAGGACGCAGCCAACUUCCAGGGGCUGGUGAAGAUCUUGCCCGUUAUGGUGACUCUUGUGCCCUACUGGAUGGUGUACUUCCAGAUGCAGUCCACAUAUGUCCUGCAAGGUCUUCACCUCCACAUCCCAAACAUUUUCCCAGACCCCCCCGCCAACAGUUCGGUGGCUCUGAGCACCCAGGACAGCAGGUACAAGGUGAGAGACGAGGCAUUGUUUAGCGCCCACCUCAGGACAGUCAGUAUUUUUUCCUUACCUUCUGCCCAAUCACUGGGUACUUAAAUACCCAUCACAUGUCAAACUCUGCCCUGGGCUAAGCUACCUAGAGUAGGCCUCUCUGUAAUCCUUGUUUCUCCCCUACCAGGAUUCCUGGAGAAGGAGCGUUUAGAGUACAUCUAUCACAACCAGACCGUGUCCCAGCAGAUCGGGCUGAACCUGUACUACGCAGCACCACUGUCCAUCUGGUGGCAGAUCCCUCAGUACCUGCUCAUCGGGAUCAGUGAGAUUUUUGCCAGCAUCCCAGGCCUGGAGUUUGCAUAUUCAGAGGCGCCCAGCUCCAUGCAGGGGGCCAUCCUGGGCAUCUUCUUCUGCCUAUCUGGGGUGGGCUCGCUGCUGGGCUCCAGCCUGGUGGCACUACUGUCACUGCCGGGGGGCUGGCUGCACUGCCCCAAGGACUCUGGGAACAUCAACAAUUGCCGGAUGGACCUGUACUUCUUCCUGUUGGCUGGCAUCCAGGCCACCACGGCUCUCCUGUUUGUGUGGAUUGCUCGCCGCUAUGAGAGGGCAGCUCAGCGCCCGACCGCCCAAAGCUGUCCCAGCAGGGACCGGGGCUGAGCACGCCCCCUCCCCUGUUCUGGACACAGACAGCAGCAGCCCUAGCCGGGGUUUCCUUCCCAGUUUAUUCUGUGCCCAACAGUAGGGUGAAAUGUUCCCAUAAAUAAGGGGCAGGGCCCUUCCUCACAA